AUGAAGAAAGACAGCGUCAAGAAAGACAGCGUCAAGAAAGACAGCGUCAAGAGAGACAACGUCAAGACGAAGAAAGACAGCGUCAAGAAGAAGAGAGACAGCGUCAAGAGAGACAACGUCAAGACGAAGAAAGACAGCGUCAAGAGAGACAGCGCCAAGACGAAGAAAGACAGCGUCAAGAGAGACAGCUUCAAGAUGAAGAAAGACAACGUCAAGAGAGACAGCUUCAAGAUGAAGAAAGGCGACGUCAAGAGAGACAACGUCAAGACGAAGAAAGGCGACGCGAAAUUCAGGAACGAACGGCACUUCAUCCGGAAUACUGCCAUCAUGAGUAUUGUGGCUGGGUGGAAGGGCAGAACGAGUGCGCUGAAUGUCGCCAAAGUCUUGGAACAUUCAUCCUUAAAUGUCGGGACUGUGACAUUAACGUAUGUCGCCAGUGCCGUUUCGUCAUGA